AUGGCGGAAGCUGAGAACGGCUCUAUUAAUGAGCUACCCCAACCCUCUGCUCCCCAGGCAGACAAACAGAAUGGUGUUGAUGUUGUUACCGAACAACCGCAGACUCCGGAUGAGGUCGCAGAGUCGAAACCAACAUUACCAGACGAGUCAGAGCGCCAGGAAAUUCAAUUAAGCGAAUCAGAAAAGCGCGAAUCACCGCAAGAAGAGUUGGAGGGCGACGAACAUGGCCUACCGCAAGAUCCGUCUCCGGCAUCCCCGAAAACCACUACCGAACCUCUCGAGCCUGAGGACGAACAAGAUCAGUCGGAUACGAGAGAUGACCAAACCGAUAGUCCACGCGAAGAGCAACCUUCCAUUUCUGAAGAACAGCCCAAUGAAAGUCCUGAUAUUCCCUCAACCCAAGAUGAACCGGCCGCGCAAGACAUGCGAUUACGUUCAGACUCGCGGUCGACCACCGCGACGUUCGCAACACACCGGUCAUCAACAGUCAGUUCCACCGUCUUCAUUGUGACAGCAUUGGAUACAAUUGGUGCGUCGCGGGAAGCUCGGAAAAGCAAGGAAUUGGAGGAUGCUGUGAAGAAUGCGCUCACCAAUAUCAAACAAUCCGAUCGCCACCCAAUCGAUCCUGAAGUAUUAUUCCGCCCUCUGCUUCUUGCAAGUAGAACUUUCAGCAUUCCUCUACAAGUUACCGCUCUUGAUUGCAUUGGCAAGCUGAUUACUUACUCCUACUUUGCAUUCCCAUCUACCCAAGAUGCCAAAGCAUCAGAGUCAGAAACACCUACCGAACAACCUCCUCUUAUAGAACGAGCCAUCGAUGCCAUUUGCGACUGCUUUGAAAAUGAAGCCACCGCGAUUGAGAUUCAACAACAAAUUAUAAAGUCACUUUUGGCUGCGGUCUUGAAUGACAAAAUUGUGGUGCAUGGAGCAGGUCUUUUGAAGGCUGUUCGGCAGAUUUACAACAUGUUCAUAUAUUCCAAAUCCAGCCAAAAUCAGCAAAUUGCUCAAGGAUCUCUCACACAAAUGGUCAGCACAGUGUUUGACAGACUUCGUGUGAGACUGGAUUUGAGAGAACUCCGCAUUCGGGAAAGCGAAAAGGUGCAGGCUGGCUCUUCGGAUAUUGUGGCAAUCGAGGCUUCUGAUGCUCCUUCCACCGCUGAGGAUGAUCAAGUAUCUGAUGUUGCUUCUGUUGCAGCAGAUCAGCCGGUGUCUAAGGAGCCAACUGAGAAACUCACUCUGGAGAGUUUCGAAUCAAACAAAGACGUCACAGCCGUUAAUGAUAACGUACCGACUAUGGUUACUCGCGCCAGCAUCAACAAGAAGAGGGCACAGUCUAUGUCUGGAGCUUCCGGAGAGGAGAAAGAGGCCGAGGAUGCAGCCAAUGACGAAGAUGAUGUCGAUGAAAUUUACGUCAAAGAUGCCUUCUUGGUUUUCAGAGCUCUUUGCAAAUUGAGUCAUAAGAUCCUCAGUCAUGAGCAACAACAAGACCUCAAAUCCCAGAACAUGAGAUCCAAGUUGCUGUCCCUGCACCUCAUCCACUACCUCAUCAAUAACCACGUCACCAUUUUCACCUCCCCCCUCCUCACGAUCAGGAACAGCUCCGGUAGCUCAGAACCGAUGGCCUUUCUCCAAGCCGUUAGACCUCAUCUCUGUUUGAGUCUAAGUCGAAAUGGUUCUAGCUCAGUACCCAAAGUAUUUGAGGUCUGCUGUGAAAUCUUCUGGCUCAUGCUAAAGCACAUGAGAGUGAUGAUGAAGAAAGAACUAGAGGUUUUCAUGAAGGAAAUAUAUCUGGCCAUUCUUGAGAAGCGAAACGCACCCGCCUUCCAGAAGCAGUAUUUUAUGGAGGUAUUAGAGCGAUUAGCGGAUGAGCCCCGUGCCUUGGUCGAGAUGUAUCUCAACUAUGACUGUGAUCGCACGGCGUUGGAGAAUAUUUUCCAGAAUAUCAUUGAACAGUUAUCACGACAUGCUAGUGUCCCAACAGCCGUGAGCCCGGCCCAGCAACAACAAUACCAUGAACAGCAUGUGAAGGCCUCUAGCGUUGGAAAUGAAUGGCACCAGCGUGGUACUCUUCCUCCUAACCUUACAAGCGCCAGCAUAGGAAACAGUCAGCAGCCAACUGUUCACAGCGUGCCGCCGGAGUACAUAUUGAAACACCAAGCUGUUGAGUGCUUAGUUGAGAUACUGGAGUCACUGGACAACUGGGCCUCGCAGCGUAACGAUGACCAGACUGCCCCCCGAGCUUUUUCGCAAAAGUCAGUCGACAACCCUCGAGACUCUCUAGAUAGCAGUGCUCCUACGUUCCUUGCCUCACCACGGGUCGAUGGCGCCGACGGUAGUACUGGCAGGUCCACCCCGGUUCCGGAUGACGAUCCCAGUCAGGUAGAGAAGGUAAAACAGAGGAAGAUUGCGCUUACUAACGCGAUUCAACAAUUCAAUUUCAAGCCCAAACGAGGCAUCAAACUUUCCCUUCAGGAAGGUUUUAUACGGUCCGACUCUCCUGAAGAGAUCGCAUCCUUCAUACUACGCAACGAACGCCUAGACAAGGCCAUGGUCGGAGAAUACCUUGGGGAAGGUGAUGCCGAAAACAUCGCUAUUAUGCACGCCUUUGUUGACAUGAUGGACUUUGCUAAGCGGCGUUUCGUGGAUGCUCUCCGCUCCUUCUUGCAACACUUUCGUUUGCCAGGAGAGGCCCAGAAAAUUGAUCGGUUUAUGCUCAAGUUCUCAGAACGCUAUGUCACGCAAAACCCAAAUGCUUUUGCUAAUGCGGACACAGCAUAUGUGCUUGCAUACUCUGUUAUUUUGCUCAACACCGAUCAGCAUAGCUCCAAGAUGAAGGGCCGCCGAAUGACCAAAGAAGACUUCAUCAAGAACAACCGUGGUAUCAAUGAUAACCAGGACUUACCCGAUGAGUAUCUAGUGUCAAUCUUCGAGGAGAUUGCCAGCAACGAGAUUGUUCUAGACACGGAAAGAGAGCAAGCAGCAAACUCCGGCGCUCCUGCCGCUGUCCCGAGCGGCCUCGCGUCCAGGGCUGGACAAGUCUUUGCAACAGUAGGGAGAGACAUACAGGGCGAGAAAUAUGCGCAGGCCUCGGAAGAAAUGGCCAACAAAACCGAGCAACUCUAUCGAAGCCUGAUUCGAGCCCAGCGCAAAACUGCCGUCAAGGAGGCACUUUCGCGAUUCAUCCCAGCAACUUCUGUUCAACAUGUUGGCUCCAUGUUCAAUGUCACUUGGAUGUCUUUCCUCUCGGGCUUGUCCGCUCCCAUGCAAGAUACGCAGAAUUUGAAGAGCAUCAAGCUUUGCAUGGAAGGCAUGAAAUUGGCUAUACGGAUUAGCUGUGCGUUCGAUCUCGAAACCCCUCGCGUUGCAUUUGUCACUGCUUUGGCAAAAUUCACAAAUUUGGGCAAUGUUAGAGAGAUGGUCGCAAAGAACGUCGAGGCACUGAAGAUACUUCUGGAUGUCGCGCUUUCAGAAGGAAACCAUCUGAAAAGUUCUUGGAGAGAAAUCCUCACAUGUGUCAGCCAACUAGAUAGACUUCAGCUACUGAGUGAUGGAGUUGAUGAGGGCUCCCUGCCGGAUGUUUCGCGGGCCCGCGUUGUGCCUCAAUCUCCAUCCGACGGGGCAAGAAAAUCCAUGCAAUCACAGAGACGCCCGCGCCCAAAGUCCAUUACCGGGACCACGCCCUUCCGCGCGGAAAUAGCAAUGGAGAGCCGUUCAACCGAGAUGGUUAAGGGAGUAGACCGAAUCUUUACCAAUACUGCUAACCUCUCUCACGAAGCGAUAAUCGAUUUUGUUCGAGCGCUCAGUGAAGUGAGUUGGCAAGAGAUCCAAUCUUCUGGGCAAACCGACUCUCCCCGCACCUACAGUCUCCAAAAAUUGGUCGAAAUUAGUUAUUACAACAUGACCAGAGUCAGAAUUGAGUGGUCCAAGAUUUGGGAGGUACUUGGGCAACACUUCAAUCAGGUUGGAUGUCAUUCCAACACAACGGUGGUUUUCUUCGCACUAGACUCGCUCCGUCAACUCUCAAUGCGCUUUAUGGAAAUUGAAGAACUACCAGGAUUCAAAUUUCAGAAAGACUUCCUCAAACCAUUCGAGCAUGUCAUGGCUAACAGCGUCGCUGUUACCGUAAAGGACAUGAUUCUUCGAUGCCUCAUACAAAUGAUCCAGGCUCGCGGGGACAACAUUCGAUCUGGCUGGAAAACGAUGUUUGGCGUGUUUUCGUUCGCAGCUCGAGAACCAUAUGAGGGAAUUGUAAACAUGGCAUUCGAACACGUUACUCAGAUCUACAACACCCGUUUUGGCGUCGUCAUCACACAAGGAGCCUUCCCUGACCUUAUUGUCUGCCUUACGGAAUUCUCUAAGAAUAUGAGGUUCCAAAAGAAGUCACUACAAGCGAUUGAACUUCUGAAAUCCACGGUUACGAAGAUGCUGAGAACCCCAGAAUGUCCUCUGUCUAAUCGUGGCACGUCUUCGGAAGGCUUCCAUGAGGAUGCUACAAACCUUACUCAACAACUCACUCGACAGUCAAAAGAGGAGCAGUUCUGGUAUCCUAUCCUGAUUGCGUUCCAAGACAUACUCAUGACUGGUGAUGACCUUGAAGCUCGGUCACGGGCGUUGACGUACCUGUUUGACACUUUGAUACGUUACGGUGGGAACUUCCCUCAAGAGUUCUGGGAUGUACUCUGGAGACAACUCCUAUAUCCCAUUUUUGUUGUAUUGCAAUCGAAAUCAGAGAUGUCGAAGGUGCCAAACCAUGAAGAACUUUCGGUCUGGCUCUCAACGACAAUGAUUCAAGCGCUACGGCACAUGAUAACCUUAUUCACGCAUUACUUCGAUGCGCUUGAAUAUAUGCUUGGGCGCGUCCUUGAACUCCUGACGCUAUGCAUAUGUCAAGAGAACGACACCAUCGCGCGAAUCGGCAGCAAUUGUCUUCAGCAACUGAUUCUACAAAAUGUUGAGAAGUUUCAGAAAGAUCACUGGAGCAAGACAGUUGGUGCAUUCAUCGAGCUGUUCAGUAAGACUACUGCAUAUGAACUAUUCACAGCUGCAACAACUGCUACAACUAUGACGCCGAAGACGCCCUUGGCGCAAGAAGUAAAUGGACAGACAGCAGACAUUCAGGAGGAGGCGGCGCAGGAGUUGGAUGAGCCAUCACCAAUUCAAGAAACCCCUGUCGAACCUUCCAAAUCCAACGGGACGUCAGAUGUGACUCCCGAUCACGAAGAUGGAGAUAUGCCUGCAGCUUCAGGCACCGAGUUGGAAGACUAUAGGCCUCAAACGGAUACUCAACAACAACCUGCUGCAGUUACUGUGGCAAGACGUCGCUACUUCAACCGUAUCAUAACGAAUUGUGUGCUCCAACUGCUGAUGAUUGAGACGGUCCAUGAGCUAUUCUCCAACGACAAAGUCUACGCGCAAAUACCCAGUCAUGAGCUACUGCGGCUUAUGGGUCUAUUGAAGAAGAGCUACCAAUUUGCCAAGAAGUUCAACGAUGAUAAGGACCUACGAAUGCAACUUUGGCGCCAGGGAUUUAUGAAGUCCCCACCCAAUCUCCUCAAGCAAGAAAGUGGAAGUGCCGCCACCUACGUUCACAUCUUGUUCAGGAUGUACCACGACGAGCGAGAUGAGAGGAAGAGCAGCCGCGCGGAAACAGAAGCGGCACUGAUCCCUCUUUGCGCGGAUAUCAUCAGUGGCUUUGUUCGACUUGAUGAGGAUUCGCAGCACCGGAACAUAGUAGCUUGGCGUCCGGUUGUUGUGGAUGUUAUUGAAGGUUACACAAACUUCCCACUUGAAGGAUUCGACAAACACAUCGAGACGUUCUAUCCCCUGGCUGUCGAGCUGCUCGGCCGUGACCUGAACCCUGAGAUUCGACUUGCUCUCCAAUCCUUGUUGCAGCGAAUCGGAGAGGCGAGGUUAGGUGUACCUGCCCGACCGCCAGUCCCUGUCAGUCCAAGGCAGUCAGUAUCAGAGAAGUCGCCCCGCAAGCAUAGUGUCGGCCGACACUGA